AUGGCAGACCUCACCAGAGUCACGACGGCCGACACCUUGACCGCCGACGCAAUCGGUGGCGAGCAUUUGGGCAACAAAUACUACCGUAGCUUCCGCUUCAUCGGUACCAUUCUCGGCACGUCGUUGGCUCUGUGUGCAGCCUACGCCGCAUAUCUGUUGCCGGUGGGCAUUAUCAGCUACAUAAAUGAAGACAUUGGACCCGAUCCAGACAAUGUUUGGAUUCCCGUCGUCUGGGCCAUCUGCGUGGCUCUCGGGUACAUGUUGUUUGGGCGUUUGUCCGAUAUCUUUGGUCGACGGUACUUCGUGGUGAUCGGAAACCUGUUCGGGCUGAUCGGAGCCAUCGUUGCAGCGACUGCCUCGAACAUCAGGACACUGAUCGGGGCGUCGGUCUUCAUCGGCAUCGCGGCGUCCGUCCAGCUGUCCUACACCAUGAUCGUAGGAGAACUCGUGCCGAUCAAACACCGUGGAUACUGGUACUUCCUCACGCUGAUUCCAGUGAUCCCAUUUGCCUUCUUUGGGGCCUAUCUUUCACACAACUUUCUGCAGGUUGCCACUUGGAGGUGGUGCUACUACUUGUGUAUCAUCCUCCAAGGUCUGGCUCUGGUGCUCCUCGUGGUGUCCUAUCACCCUCCCUCCUUUCGGAAGCUGCAUUCAACCAAGUCGCGAACAGCCAUGAUCAAGGAAAUCGACUACAUCGGUGUCUUUAUCUGGAUGGUCGGGGUCGUCCUGUUCCUCCUGGGGAUCAACUGGGGCGGAAGCAAAUAUCCAUGGGAUUCGGCGGCAGUGAUUUCCACCCUUGUCCUUGGAAUCGUAGGAAUCGUUUCCUUCUUCGUCUGGGAGGCAAAUGGCACGGCCAAGAAACCUUUGCUGCCCUGGGCAUUCCUCAUCAAAAACCCGCGUGGCUUUCUGCUGCCCAUGGUCUCAGGCACGAUCGGCGGAAUGUUCUAUUACGGCCUGACCAUCAUCUGGCCUACACAGGUCAAUACCGUGUACGCCUCCAGCCUACAGGUUGACGGCUGGCUGGCAAGCAUCCUGGCGUGCGGCACCCAAACCGGCACCAUGCUGGGCAGUCUGGUGUUCAAAAGGCUGGGCCAUCACCGCCUCCAGCUGAUCGGUGCCUACGUCUUCAUGAUCGCCUUCUGUGCCGGAUUGAGCCAGGCGGGAGUGCACCAGCGUUCCGUCGCCGUCUCCUGUGCUUUUCUGACCGGGCUCGGAUGCGGCGUGGUGGAAAACCUGGUGGUUCUCGUCGCCCAGGUGGGCAAGGACGCCGCGGAGAUCGGGCUGGUGGUCGGCACCAUCGGCUCCUUUCGCUCGCUGGGCGGUGCGCUCGCUCAAGCCAUCUACGUGACCAUCUUGACCAACAAGCUGAAAGGCGAGCUGGCCAGCAAGGUGCCCGCAGCGGCACUGAAAGCCGGUCUGCCUGCGUCUUCGCUGCCGGCUUUGUUCCAGGCCAUUGCGGCCGAGAGUGCGGCGGCGUUUGCGGCCGUGCCUGGCAUCAGCACGACCAUCGUGGCCGCGGUCGAGCUGGCCGAGGUCGAGGCUUAUUCCGCCUCCUUCCAGUACGUCUACUAUGCGUGCAUCGCCUUUGGCGGCGUCGGCCUCAUCACGUCCCUGUUCAUCACCAAGAACGUGGAUGCGGAAAUGACGGAUUUCGUGGCCAAGAAGCUGGAAGGCGUUGCGGUCAAACACCACGACCACGAGCAUGACUUGGAAGGGAAGCCCGGCACGGGAACGGCGGCACACGAAGAGACGGUGAUGGUGCAAAGCAUAGUGGAAGAACCAAAGGGGCGUAUUGCCCAGUGA